CUUGUGCGAUAAAGAAACCCAUUCUCUAAAUCCCAAUGCUAUUUUUCUUGUUUUCUUGCUUCUCCAUCGUCUUCCUCUCUAACUCAUUUCAUCACCCAUUCCCUUCUUGGAAGCGCGACAUGGGAUUUAGGUCACUGCCUUUGUUCUGGGAGGAGUUUUCGAGGUUCUUGCUAUCAUGGUUCCGGAAAAACAAGAACUUUCUUGAUGGGUUCUUCCAUUUCUCACGAAUCUUGUCUCCGGCGAGGGAGAUUGGCGGUAAUGUGGUGGAGGAGACGACUGCGGAGGGGACGAGUUUGAUGGAUUUGCCUGACCUGGCUGUGGAGUCCAUUCUGGAGAGGCUUUCGGCGGCGGAGCUGCGGAGCAUGGCGGCGGUUUGCGCCUCGCUGAGGGAGAAGUGCGUGGCGGAUCGCCUGUGGGAGAAGCAUCUGAGGGAGAGAUGGGGGAGGUUGAUUGGCAAUGCUGCAUAUGCAGAGUGGAAGCGCCAUGUUGCCUCUAUGAAGAAGAAGAAGAAGAAGGCUGGGUUUUUGGAUUCCAAAAGGCAGGGGGAUUUUCUGGGGUAUUUUGCAAGCUUUAGGGAUCUUGUGUUGAAUGGCAGAUCAGAAGUGGGGAAUGGGGUGAAGGGCUCUUUGCCAGAGGACUCAGCCAUGGCUUUGUAUUUCUCUCUUGAAACUGGCAACUUCUCUUUCCCAGCUCAGGUUUAUAACCGUGAGAAUGGGAAUGUUGGGUUUAUGUUGUCUUGUUAUGAUGCUGAAGUGAGCUAUGAUUCCACCUCUGACCUCUUCUGGGCAAGGUAUCCAGCAUAUGGAAGACGUUCGAUAGAGGAAAACAUAGUGUUCGAUAGGCUAAGGGCACCUCCCGUUGGUACUUCUGCUUAUGUACUGCAUAAAUCAGAUUGCUUAAAUGAUUUAAAACCUGAUGAUCACUUCGAGAUUCAAUGGAGAAGAAGCAAGGAAUUCCCUUAUGGUUGGUGGUAUGGAGUUGUUGGACACUUGGGAUCAUGCAAUGGCAGCAAAUUGCACUGUGAUUGCCAUAGAAGCGAUACUGUGAAGUUAGAGUUCAAGCAGUAUUCCCCAGACUCGGAAUGGAGAGAGACGACUAUAAACCGAAGGGGGCAUAAAGAAGUAGGCAAUGAAGCAGAUGGCUACUAUGGUGGGAUCAGAAAGCUUUACAGUGAGGAUGAGAUCUCUGAGUGGAAAAGAUUUUGGCCAAGCUGCACCCUGGAUUAACCACGAUUUACUCGCCCCAUCAUUGCGCCUUUUCUAACUGCGAAUAGUAUAUAUAAAUAGCUCCAGGAAAGAAUCACCAGGCCUUACUGUCUCAGUUUUAUGCAGAAGAGGCCUAGCUAGAGGUUAGUGUCCUGCAGUCAGUAAGGCAAUGUAAAUUUCCAAUGAUUAAAUGAGAAAAAAUUCCCAGUUGUGUAUACAAGUGAAAUGG